AUGGAUCCAAACUCUUACCUUUCCCAAGAGGACCAAAACGAGGAAACAAGCCUGUGGGAUUCACCCGUGAAAUCCGGCCAGGGCAACCUUCGACCCACCUACGAACAACAAGAGGCUCGGGAGCAAGAACUGCGCCAUGAACUUGAAAGUGUGCGCCGAGUCAACGAAGCUAUAGAAGGAGUCAUCGAAAGUCUCGGAAAGGCAAAGAAUAACAUCAAGACCGUCAACACCACCGUCAGCGCCGCAUCAACAUUGCUCAAUACCUGGACCCGCAUUCUGUCCCAGACUGAGCACAAUCAACGUCUUAUCCUUGAUCCCAACUGGCACGGUGCGAGCCAGGACAUUGCCAACAUCGAACAAGAAGCCAGUGAGAAACAGCGAGCAGCUGAACGACGCGAGGCUGAAGAACAAGAGCGAAGAUCUACCGCAGCUCAGCGGGCUGAAGAAGAAGAGAAACGUAAAGCUGAACUAGCCAUCAAACAGUCCAGGCCCACCAGUUCAAGAGGUUCAAGCAGGAUUGGUACGACUGGGAGAGGAUCGACCUCGUCGACCUCUACGUCCUAUGUCCAGAUGGGUGGCUCAACAAAUAGUACUACCGGCUCUAAACGAGGCACAACUUCAACGCGAAGGGCGAACCCUGGCAUUGGCCGAGGCAGAGGUAGCAGAGGACGCGGAUGA